GAAGCGAAAUUUCAAGCUCGAAAUUUUGAUUUUUCAUCGAUGGGUCUCUCAAUCGAGAAUUCAGUAAGAGAGUCCCACAGCCGAACCCACAAAUUCUUCUUGAUCAGCAAUUACCUCCUCCUGGGAUCCGCCUCGAGUUGCAUCUUCCUCACCCUCUCCCUCCGUCUAUUCCCUUCCCUGUUCGGCUUCUUCUUCAUCCUCCUCCACGUCGUCGCCAUCGGGGGCGCCGUAUCGGAGUGUUCCGUCGCGAUCUCGGGGUCCAACAAGUGGUACUUGUCUCACAUGGUCACGAUGGGGCUGACGUCGAUAUUCGAGGGCUCUGUUUCGGUGCUCAUAUGGACCCGAACCGGAGAUUUCUUGGGGUACCUGAAGUCCUACGUAAGGGAAGAGGACGGGGUUCUGAUACUGAGACUGGCCGGCGGGCUGUGCGUGGUGGUUUUCUGCCUGGAAUGGGUGGUUUUGGGGUUGGCCUUUGUGUUGAGGUACUAUGCUUUCGUUGAAGGUCAUGUGGUUGGCAAUGGCGGAUCAUUGAAACAGAGGAACGGGAGAGUUGGAGAUGAGGGUCUGAAGAACUGGCCUGGCCCUUUCCAAGUUUAAGAAAAGCUAAAUUCUGGGUUUUGUUUGGAAUUACAUUAUGUUACAUUGUAAAU